ACGCCCCGCCCCCAGCCAAAGGACAUGGCCGCAGAGUGUUUACUUGCGAAGAAAGUAGAAAGUAAAUGAACAAACGAGGAAUCUUUCCAGAAUCUGCAGGGUUUCGGUCCGGUUCCGUCCAUUUACUGCAGAGCUGAGUGUCCAAAGUGCACUUUUGGCCCCCAGUCAUGCACCUCUUGGCCUCCUUGCUGACCCCUUGCCCUGGUGGUCCUGCUUUUCUCACCCUGUUGAGGAGAGCAUCUUCAGGGACCAUGCAGAUAAAAGACCCCCUCAACUUCUGGGGCGGCCGCAGGGUGGAGCUCAGCGAUGUGACGGGUUUGGAGCCAGUUUAUGAGCCCGCAACAGGACGUGUACUAUGCCAGCUGCAACCAUGCAAAGCAGCCCAGGUUGAUGAGGCUGUGAAGAGCGCUAGCUCUGCUUUCACAGCGUGGAGAAAGAUGGCCGGCAUGGAGAGAGCCAGGGUCAUGCUGGAAGCGGCCAGACUGAUUGAGAAAAGAAGAGAAGACAUUGCCGAAGUUGAGGUGGUCAACAAUGGCAAGUCCAUCACCGAAGCUCGACUGGACGUGGACUCGGCCCGACUGUGCAUUGAGUAUUUUGCAGGGCUGGCCACCAAUAUGUCAGGGCAGCAUGUUCAGUUACCAGGAGGAUCGUUUGCUUACACACGCAGAGAGCCUCUUGGGGUGUGUGUGGGAAUCGGAGCCUGGAACUACCCGUUUCAGAUCGCUGCCUGGAAAUCAGCCCCAGCUAUCGCCUGUGGGAACUCGAUGGUGUUUAAGCCGUCUCCGGUGACCCCGGUGAGCGCGGUGCUGCUGGCUGAGAUCUAUGCUCAGGCUGGGGUUCCUGAGGGCCUGUUUAACGUGGUGCAGGGAGCUCAGGAGACGGGAACCCUGCUCUGCCAUCAUCCCUCUGUGGCCAAGGUCUCCUUUACAGGGAGCGUGCCUACAGGCAAGAAGAUAAUGGAGAUGGCCUCCAAAGGAGUGAAGCCAGUAACACUGGAGCUCGGUGGUAAAUCUCCCCUGAUCAUCUUUGAGGACGGUGACCUGGAGAAUGCCGUCAGGGGGGCGCUCAUGGCCAACUUCCUGUCUCAGGGCCAGGUGUGCAGCAACGGAACCAGAGUGUUUGUCCACAGGCCGAUUCUUCCCCAGUUUUUGACGGAGGUGGUGAGGCGAACCAAAGCCAUCCAGAUCGGAGACCCUCUUCUGGAGGAAACCCGCAUGGGAGCGCUAGUCAGCCGGCCACAUCUGGACAAAGUGCUGGGAUACGUGGAGCAGGGCAAGAAAGAGGGAGCCAGAGUGCUGUGUGGAGGAGAGCUGUUCACACCAGCAGACCCAAAACUCAGAAACGGAUAUUACAUGACUCCCUGUGUGCUUGACAACUGCACAGACGACAUGACGUGCGUGAGAGAGGAGAUCUUUGGGCCUGUGAUGUCUGUGCUGACCUUUGAUACUGAGGAGGAGGUUUUACAGAGGGCUAACGACACCACCAUGGGCCUCGCUGCUGGAGUUUUCACCAAAGACAUUCAGAGAGCCCAUCGCGUGAUAGAGAAUCUACAGGCUGGAUCCUGUUUCAUCAACAACUACAACAUCACCCCUGUGGAGGUGCCUUUUGGAGGAUAUAAAACAUCAGGUAUAGGACGUGAAAACGGCCAAGUUACAGUUGAAUUCUACUCUCAGCUGAAGACGGUAGUGGUUGAGAUGGGAGAUGUGGACAGUCUCUUUUAAACAUCAGCCAAACAGAAAUAAUACAUGAUCUAAUUUUCCUCAUCAAUACUGAAGACUUGCUUUUCAGACGGGUUUAACAUAAACUGCAAGUUUAACUGCUGGAUCAGGUCUGGGUACUUUCACAUUUCUUCAGCUGGAGAUUAACAAGCAUCAGCACAAGGUGGUCUUACUAUCCUGAGAAAGAGGAUGUCCAAAGUGCUUUAUCUGAUGGCAUUAUGCCAGUGAGAGCAGUACUGCAUGAAAGCUUAUCUUUACCUCCUAAGGCUCAGUGAAGUCCAUAAUUAUUGCAAUUCUUUGUAAAGAAUCGAUUGAUUUGAUUUACAAUAAGCCACAUGAUAUACUUUAUGAUCAAACAUACAAGAAUAAUACAUUUACUUCACCAGUAUCCCAAAUCUUUCGAAAACGUUUUUAAAGAUUGCACUUUUUUCAAAAAUGAUUCAAGUGCUGGAGGUUUGAGUAUGAUUUAACGACCCCAACAUACACAUACAACCAACUGGUUUCCCUGUUUGCCUUGUUUACCAUCACUGUGCACUGAAGAACUCCAUAAGUCCUUUUCAUCCAUCCAUCCAUCCAUCCAUCAUCUAAACCGCUCAUCCUUCUGGGUCGCAGGGGUGCUGGAGCCUAUCCCAGCUGUCAUUGGGCGGAAGGCAGGAUA